CAAUGUUGUGUAAUUGUCAUUUAUUUACACCUGCUGGGAAAGAAACACAUCGUCGUGGUGCUUCUCCACAUCGACGACCAAUUAUUCCAACGUUUCUUUCUUUUCUCCGGUUACGGAAAGUGUUAUGGCUUGUAUAAGGAACACAUUGGGAUUGCUAAGAACAAAUAACUCUGCGAUUGUCCGUACAAUUACAAUGUCCGCUCAACGUCGUGCCCAAGAAGCUGUGGAUAAGCUGAAAGAAAAGAAUCCCUACUAUGAAAAAUAUGCCGACAAAAUUGCAAAGCUUCAACAAACCUCUCCGGAUGAGUUUUUGCAGCGAGUGGACAAGGUUGUGAAUCCCAUUAAAGAGGGAAAGUCACAGAAUAGAACCUAUUCAGAAUUGUUGAAUCCCAAACCCAAAAAGGAGCCAGCAGCUGAAAUUCCUUAUAAGAAAUUGGAGGAUAUUAUGAAAAUAGAUUUGAUUGCUGACAAAUCAGCUGAUGACAUUAAACACAUUUGGUUUGAAUACCACAAAACCAAAGAUGUUUUGGCAGCCACUCUAACUGUUGAACAGUUUGAUUCUUUAAUGAAACGUGCCAAGGAGCAUCCCAUAUUUUUGUUGCCCCUACCACGCAGUGAAGGUUUUGAAUUUAUUAUGCUACAGUUUGCUAGCAAUGCAGUCCAUUUCACACCACUUCUGGCCUAUCAAGUUCAUGCUGAAAACGCCCCCGAGUGUCUAACACUUGUCCACUACACCGAAAUGCGUGAUAAGGGUAUCAUUUUAAUGCGCGGUGAAUAUGACACCAAUGUUUUGAAUGGUCAAGAAGCCCAGUGCUUGGCCAAUGAAUUGCAAAUGUUCUAUUGCAAAGAUGAUCCAGCUAAACAACAACUUUUGGAAACAUUUACCAAGAAGCCAGAUGAAUUCAAACAUAUGGAUUUAAUAAAAGAAGUUGAAAAUAUUCAUCUUGUUUAAAAUAAGAUGCUGAACUCCAAUAAUAUAGUUAAAUUUGUUAAAUGACAAUUUAAAAGGA